AUUGACUCCAGGAAACAUGUAGAAAGAAGAUCAACAACUGUUUGUCUUGGGCUCCUCCCUCCCAGAGUCCCAGAGCAGCACCUGUUACGGAAUGGGCACAGUGGAGUGUCGGCUGGACGGUGACUGACAGGCCAGGCCUUCCGCUCUCCCUUACAGAUUGAGUCUGCGGACCUCACGGCUGGCUCCCCCCUAGUAUGGCCAAUGAAGAGGAUGACCCAGUCGUACAGGAGGUCGACGUGUACUUGGCCAAAAGUCUGGCGGAGAAGCUCUAUCUGUUUCAGUACCCUGUGCGCCCAGCCUCGAUGACCUACGAUGACAUCCCGCACCUCUCGGCCAGGAUCAAGCCCAAGCAGCAGAAGGUAGAGCUUGAGAUGGCCAUCGACACCCUGAACCCCAACUACUGCCGCAGCAAAGGGGAGCAGAUCGCGUUGAAUGUGGAUGGCACCUGCGCAGACGAGACCAGCACCUACUCCUCGAAGCUGAUGGACAAGCAGACAUUCUGCUCCUCCCAGACCACCAGUAACACAUCCCGCUAUGCUGCUGCGCUCUACAGGCAAGGUGAGCUCCACCUGACGCCUUUGCACGGCAUCCUGCAGCUUCGGCCCAGCUUCUCCUACCUGGAUAAGGCCGACGCCAAGCACCGGGAGAGGGAGGCAGCCAGCGAGGCGGGGGACUCUUCGCAGGACGAGGCAGAAGAAGAUGUGAAGCAGAUCACGGUGCGGUUCUCCCGGCCCGAGUCGGAGCAGGCUCGGCAGCGCCGCGUGCAGUCCUACGAGUUCCUGCAGAAGAAGCAUGCUGAGGAGCCCUGGGUCCACCUGCACUACCACGGCCUGAGGGACAGCCGUUCUGAGCACGAGCGCCAGUACCUGCUGUGCCAGGGCUGCAGCAGCGCCGAAAACACGGAGCUCAUCAAGUCGCCCAGUGAGUACCUCCUGAUGUUGGUGCCGCCCAGCCAGGAGGAGGAGAAAGACAAACCUGUGGCCCCCAGCAACGUCCUGUCCAUGGCCCAGCUGCGCACCCUGCCCCUGGCCGAUCAGAUCAAGAUCCUGAUGAAGAACGUGAAGGUCAUGCCUUUUGCCAACUUGAUGAGCCUCCUGGGCCCCUCUGUGGACUCCGUGGCUGUUCUGCGUGGCAUCCAGAAGGUGGCGAUGUUAGUCCAAGGAAAUUGGGUGGUGAAGAGUGACAUCCUGUACCCCAAGGACUCCUCCAGCCCUCACAGUGGUGUGCCCGCCGAGGUGCUCUGCCGGGGCCGAGACUUCGUUAUGUGGAAGUUCACUCAGAGCCGGUGGGUGGUGAGGAAAGAGGUGGCCACAGUGACAAAACUCUGUGCGGAGGAUGUGAAGGACUUUCUGGAGCACAUGGCCGUGGUGAGGAUCAACAGAGGCUGGGAGUUCGUCCUGCCGCACGACGGGGAGUUCAUCAGGAAGCACCCCGACGUGGUCCAGCGGCAGCACAUGCUGUGGACGGGCAUCCAGGCCAAAUUAGAAAAAGUCUAUAACCUGGUGAAGGAAACCACGCCAAAGCAGCCGGAUGGACAAACAGGUGUGCGGCGAUCGGCUGGGCAGGCCUCACCUCACAGCGGGCUCGGGGCUGGGCCUGGAGACAGGCCUGCGGGGCUGGUGUCUGGGGACCAGCGGGUCCAAGUAGCCAAGAGCAGGGCCCAGCAGAACCACACGCUGCUGGAACGGGAGCUGCAGCGGAGAAAGGAGCAGGUCAGGGCGUCCGCGGUCCUGCCUGGUGUGCAGAUCAAGGAGGAGCCCCUGAGUGAGGAGGGAGAGGAAGAGGAGGAGCAAGCCAUGGAGGAGGGCGAGCCCAUGGACACCUCACCCAGUGGUGGCUUCCACAGCAGGCUGACCAAUGGGCUGCCUGUGGGGUGGGCCGUAGGCGGGGACGGCUUCAAUGGGCACCUGCCCCCCAGCUGUGCCAGCACCCCAGUGGCCCAGGAGCUGCGGGCCUUUGUGGAGGCCACCUUCCAGAGACAGUUUGUGCUCACGCUGAGCGAGCUUAAGCGCCUCUUCAACCUGCACUUGGCUAGCCUGCCCCCUGGCCACACGCUCUUCAGUGGCAUCUCGGACCGAAUGCUGCAGGACACGGUGCUGGCCGCUGGCUGCAAGCAGAUACUGGUGCCUUUUCCCCCACAGACGGCCGCUUCCCCGGAUGAGCAGAAGGUGUUCGCCCUCUGGGAGUCUGGAGACAUGAGUGAUCAGCAUCGACAGGUUUUGCUUGAAAUUUUCUCCAAAAAUUACCGAGUACGCCGGAACAUGAUCCAGUCUCGGCUGACUCAAGAGUGUGGAGAAGAUCUCAGUAAACAGGAGGUGGAUAAAGUGCUAAAGGACUGCUGCGUAAGCUAUGGUGGCAUGUGGUACCUUAAAGGGACAGUACAGUCUUGACAGUUGUCACAAGCCACUACCCUGGUGAAUCUCAGCCCCGGGAAGGACAGCAGAGCCAGCAGAGGUGGAAGUAGAGUCUCGGUUGCUUCAGAAGACACAGAGCAAGAGGGACUGACCAUCUCGAGGCCUAUGGCAUCGCACCGUCCAGGGGACGAGGGGAUGGCAUUCAGCCAAUGCUAGGAUCACCUUCAGUUGCAUCGCUCCCAGAAGAGACCAUCAGAACCUUCUUUGCAGUACAAUUUGAAAAGCCUGGUUUAUUUUGGUUAUUUGGUUUCAUUCUCAUAGUAGAGUGUAUUCUGACAUGGGCAGGAUGAUGAAAAUCAUGGUUUAAUAUUCUACUUUUCAAACUUAAUGCCAACAAGGUCUAAGUUAUGUUUACAAGAUAAAAAAACCUCAAGGUUUUUAAUAUUUAAAAUGCCUAGAAGCCAAUAUUUAGUCUUUGAUGAUCUAUCUGCUAAGACUUCUGCCAAUUUCAUUAAACAAACCAAAUUGAAUUGUUUUACUGUUAGGUUUCUAUGGCCACUUUACCUUGUAAAACAACCUUCUUUAUGUAGCAGUCUCAACUGUUUACAUGAACCAUAGCAAAAAACCAGAAUCAAAUCCAUCUAUUCUUAAUGUUUGCAUAAGGAUGCAAACAAAAUCAGGUAAGUAUGGAACAGUGUAUAAGUGAGGUUAUCACACUUUGAUGUAAAAAAUUUCUAUUUUGUGUAUUUUUAAAUAAAUGUUAACACUAACCUGG